AUGACCGAAGAGGUUAAAGAAAUUAAAGAACACAUUAGUGAAGUUAAAAUUGAGAGUGAUUAUGACAAGAAACGUCGCGAAGCUCUUGCUCAAAUUGAUAAUGCCAAAUUUGGGUGGUUUCAUAUUAGAACUUGCUGCGUAGCGGGUGUGGGCUUCUUUACCGACGCCUAUGAUAUUUUCGCUAUCAACCUCGUAGCCGUUAUGUUGGGUUAUGUAUAUUAUGGAAAAAGUUCUCUUCCGACUGAUGUCGAUUUAGCAAUAAAGGUUGCAACACCUGUAGGCACGUUCAUAGGCCAAUUCGGGUUUGGUUUAUUAGCUGAUCUUGUGGGCCGUAAAAAGAUGUAUGGCAUAGAGUUGAUGAUCAUCAUCUUUUCUACAUUGGCUCUUUGCCUUAUUUCCAAUGCAUACGUUUACGAUCCUACUGCAUCAACUGCUACUAAUCAAGUAUUCAAAUCGAACUCCCAAGUCGUUUCAAUUCAAGGUCUUAUGACUUUCUUGCGUGUUUUGUUGGGUAUUGGUAUUGGUGGUGACUACCCAUUAUCUGCAG